AUGUCGUCUUUGAAAAAGAGUAUUCCAGAAUUUCUAGCUCACUUAAAAUCGCUACCAACCUCGGUAACUGCAAGCAACAAUGUGCUGACAAUAUGUGUUGGUAACGAAUCUGCAGAUAUGGACUCAAUUGCCAGUGCAAUAACCUUUUCGUACUGCCAAUAUAUUUAUAACCAAAGUAGUGAUUCAGACAAAGAUAAUUUGACUAUACCAAUUAUCGACGUCCCUAGGGAAGAUCUUAGUCUGAGACGAGACGUAAAGUAUGUUCUUGAAAAAUUGAAUAUCAAGGAGGAGAUGUUAUUUUUCAUUGAAGAUCUUAAGGACAUGAGGGAGCAUAUUCCACAUGGUGCCAAAUUGAAUUCUUACCUAGUGGAUAACAAUGAUAUUCCAAAGAACUUGAAGAAUUAUAUAAAUAAUGUUGUUGGUAUUAUAGAUCACCAUUUUGAUUUGAAAAAACACUUGGAUGCAGAACCUCGGAUUGUAAGAGUCUCGGGUAGUUGCUCAUCACUGGUUUUCAACUACUGGUAUGAAAAAUUACAGGGAAAUCAUGAAGUGAUGAUGAACAUUGCUCGCCUUUUGAUGGGCGCCAUUCUGAUAGACACUUCGAACAUGGAGCGCAAAGUGGAAUCGAGUGAUAGGCUAGCCAUCAAAAGAUGUCAAGAGAUUCUCAACCUUGCUGCUGAUGAAGCAACAGCGCAAGGUUUGCAGGACAGCGACUUGUUCUACAAGGAGAUGAAGUCAAGAAAGAACGACAUCAAAGGAUUUUCAGUAAGCGAUAUUUUAAAAAAAGACUACAAGCAGUUCAAUUUCCAAGGAAAGGGUCCCAAAGGUCUGGAAAUUGGAUUUUCAUCCAUAGUAAAACAGAUUUCGUGGUUAUUCAAUAAACAUGACGGAGAAGCACAGUUUAUCAAGCAAUGCAGGAACUUCCAAAGCGGGAGGGGCCUCGAUGUGCUGGUGCUAUUGACUUCGUGGAGAAAAGCUGGCGAAUCGCACAGAGAACUGGUCAUCUUGGGCGACCCAAAGGUGCUGCGCGAGCUUGUCGAAAGAGUUAGCGAUAAACUCGAACUGCAGAUAUUUGGAGGCCAUCUCGAUCAAGGUGUGGCAAUGUACAAGCAAUUGAACGUGGAAGCUACCAGGAAACAAGUCGUCCCCUAUUUGGAGAAAGCGUACUCCGAAGUGUACUAG